AUGCACACGAAACGCUUUUAUUUCUCACUCUUUCAGGACUAUGUGAAGCAGAAGGAUCAUGUCGACAUUGUGCAGAUAAUAGAUAUUCCUACUAUAGAUGUCGAAUGCAAGAUGAUUGUUUUAUUGGCGAGAUCUGCGACAAUGGAUUCUGUUGUCCUAAUACCCUACCAACAUUUUCUCUCCAAAGAGAACCCACUAGCCCUAAACCUAAAACCUCUAACAAAACAAAAUCGGAUCCACCGGCUGAGGAACCUUGUCCCGAUGACUCCAGAUGGUCCAGAAGAUGCUCGAGAGAUGAAGACUGUACGCAUGAGGAAGAACUCUGUAUUGAAGGAAAAUGUUGUAAAAGUGACAUGUGCAAUGAGGAGGAGGGCACUUCUUGACGAAUUACGGUCCUUGGAAAUCGUUGGACAAGCAAUUCCACUCUGUGAAGAGAGCGGAUUAGCGUGGAGAAGAAGACAAUGUCUCGCUGGAACUGAUGUAUGCUGGUGUGUAACCAGAUAUGGAAGAAGGCUAACUGGAAAAGAAAGUAAAGAUGAGAAGGGAUGUGAAACCGUACGAAGGAAGCAGGAGAAUCUUGCUUUAAAAGCUGCUGCUCUUUUGAGAGAGCAAAAGCAACGAGAGAGGUUCACUUGCAAGAGUGUCUCACCCGGAGAAUGUCCCCUUCCUCUAAACACAUCCAUAACCACUUUAACUCGUUGCUUAUGUGAUUCUGAAUGCGAGGCAGGGACUAAAUGUUGUCCUGGUUCUAUCACUAACCCUAACUAUCACGCUUGCUUACCAUCGCUAACUAAAAUUAUGAAUGAGCCAGUUUCUAACGAAAUAAAUCCUGCAAUCUCCAUGGUUUGCGGUGCUAAUGAGCAGUACUCUGCGUGUUACUCCUCUUGUCAGCCUUCGUGUCAAGACCCAUCAACCCCAGCGUGCCCAGCUCCAGGAUGUCAUCCAGGUUGCAUUUGUCUUCCAGGUUACAUCAGACGUGAUAGCUCACCAAGGUCAGCAUGUGUUCCACGAGCUCUUUGUCAAGCAUACGAUCUAACAAUCCGUUGUGCAGACGAGCGAAGACAAUAUCAAACGUGCGGAAGUGCUUGUCCGAUUAGUUGUGCCACGAGAAAUCAGCCAAGAUGUAAUGAGAGAUGUGUCACUGGAUGCUUUUGCAAGAUUCCAUUCAUUUUGGAGAACACUGAAGAUCCGCUCCACUCGAGAUGUAUUCUUCCUUCUGAAUGUCCAGAACUCCCGACACCAGCUCCAGAAAUCGUUGAACAGUUUGUUCAAAGAAAUCCUCAAAUGAUAGGAACGUUUGGAAAUUCGAACAUUCAAUACCCAACGACUCCUAGACUGCCACAAACUCUUCCAACAGUCGCUACAACUCCUAGGAGCUUACCACAUACGACUCCUGUUCAAAAACUUCCAACUCUCAUUCCGGAGCAACACUGUGAACAUCCACUCAAAAACUAUCAGAGCUGUGGGAGCAAGUGUCCUGCAUCCUGUGACCGUCCUCUCUCACAAGCUGCCUCUCUUGAUUGUGCUCUUUCUUGCGAGCCCGGAUGCUUCUGUAGACUACCAUAUGUCCUUGCUGAUUCCAAUGAUCCCAAUUCCACGUGUAUUCUUCCACAGUUGUGCCCUAGGAAGAAUAUUCCACCAUCAACUGCCAAUCUUCCUGCAAGUCAAUCUUGUCCAGACCCCAGAAAAGAAUGGAGUCAGUGUGGAGCUCUACAUUGCUCAAGAUCAUGUCCGAACCCAUUGGGUAGAUGUGGCUCCGGACAAUGCUUUGCAGGAUGUGUCUGUCGGCAGCCAUAUGUGCUUCUUCAUCCUAAUGAUCCCACUUCUCGAUGUGUUCUUCCUGCAGAAUGUGAUCGUGGAUGUGAAGAUCCCACAAAAGAAUUCAUGACGUGUGGAAGUUCUUGUCCUAUGGGAUGUGACAAUCGACAUCCAAAGAACUGUGCACCAUGUCAAACUGGAUGCUUCUGUAAGAACGGAUUGGUGUUUGAGAACUCUGCCACGUGGCAUACAUCGAAAUGUGUCAGAAUAGAAGAGUGUCCAGCAGAAGAGGAGACCACUACGGAGCCAUCCACCACAACUACGUCGACCACGGCGACGACAACUACGGAAGAACCACCAGCAACUACUGUAAUCGCUGAACCUCGAGGCCACCCAUUUUCCUCUGACUCCGACCUUUUGGCUUUAAAACCAACAGUGUCACAAUCCGAAUGUCCUGCCACCACAUUUGAUGUUGGUGGUCGAGGAUGUGGAACUGAUAUGGAUUGUCCUGUCGAACAAAGAUGUUGUCGUCCGAUGAUCGUGUCUCUUGGAGUGAAUCCUCAACGAUGUGUCUGCCCAGAUAAUCAUGCUGUCUGGUCAUCAUGUGGAACUUUGUGCCCAGAAUAUUGUGGUCAACCGUCUAUUCCUGUGUGCUCCGGGACGUGUAGUGCAGGAUGUCACUGUGCUCCAGGAUUCGUGAGAGCCAGGAAUGACGUAACAGCUCCAUGUGUUCCAAGAGAAAGUUGUUCAAGCUCGUUGGGCUCCACGACGACUAAUCGAAUGAGAAUAUCUCCAGUGGCAGCGAGUAUGGAUGAGCCAAUGAGAUUCGCAACGAUUAGAGAGAUCACUCCACAAGACCCAUGGAUCGAUGAUGUGAUAGCUGUAGCCAUCCUAAUGACCCGAGAAGGCCAACAUAUCGGACGGUUCACAUUUGCACAACUGACAACAACAGCUUUGAGAAUCCACGGAGAAGUGUACUCACUUCCUCUUGGACGUCAUGCAGUUGUCCUCCAUCAAUUUGGUGACUCGUCCGAAGGAUGUUCCAGAGUCGGUGCUCCAUUCUCUAAAUCAUUGAGCCCUUCAUUAGGAGAUAUCACAGAAACCGGAAAAUUCGAUAGAAUCGUAGAUUGGCCAGUAGCGGAUGUAGUUGGAAGAGCGUUGGUUAUCUAUUCAUUCUCCACAGCAGAAUGGAGUUUGCGGACACACUUUGGAGAGAAACCACUGGCAUGUGGAACAAUUGGAAUUGCAAAGGUCGCAAGAUCCUAG